AUGGUACUUCAAAAUCUCCGCUUAAACUUUGGUCGCAUUCUCUGCAUUCCGCUAACCGUUACAGUUAUUCUCUCCUCCGCUGUUCCCUUCCCUCCCGCCGCCGCCACCACCGCAGCAUUCUCUCACCACCGCCGUUACGCCGCCUCCGCAUCGCCGAUGAAUCCGUCGCUGCAGUCUCAGUCUCAGUCUCCGCUUCCUCCGGUGGCGAAGAAGGUCGAGCACGAAAUGGAGAUGUUCGGCGAUGUGAGAAUCGACAAUUACUAUUGGCUCCGAGACGAUUCCCGCACCGAUCCCGAGGUGCUCUCUUACCUCAGCCAGGAGAAUGCCUACACCGAUUCCAUCAUUAUAUGGAAAUGGUUCAUUGAUAAACGGAACAAUUAUAAAGGGGUAAAUAAUUUAGGACUGCAUGUUGCGGACUUGGGAAUCCUGUUGCUGUAUCUAUCCCGCUCAUCACGAACUAAGGAAUUUGAAGAUAAGCUUUUUGCCGAGAUAAGAGGAAGGAUUAAAGAAGAUGAUAUCUCUGCACCCUUACGCAAAGGGCCUUAUUACUAUUAUGAGAGAACUUUGGAAGGGAAGGAGUAUGUUCAACAUUGUAGGCGCCUUAUAUCUGAUAGUCAAAAGAUUCCAUCUGUCCAUGACAUCAUGCCCACAGGGCCUGAAGCUCCUCAGGAGCAUGUUAUUUUGGAUGAGAAUGUCAAGGCACAACAUCACCAAUAUUACCGUGUUGGUACUUUUAAGGUUAGCCCAAAUAACAAGUUGGUAGCAUAUGCAGAAGACACCAAAGGAGAUGAAAUAUAUACUGUUUAUGUCAUUGAUGCUGAGACUCAAGCUACUAUUGGAGAGCCUCUUGUUGGUGUAACAGGAUACCUUGAAUGGGCUGGUGACAAUGCUUUAGUUUACAUUACAAUGGAUGAGAUUCUCAGGCCUGACAAGGCAUGGUUUCAUGUGUUGGGAACAGAACAAUCAAAGGAUACUCUUCUUUACGUGGAAAAGGAUGAUAUGUUUUCUCUCGGUCUUCAAGCUUCCGAAAGCAAGAAAUAUUUGUUUGUUGAGUCAGGGAGUAAAAAUACAACGUUCAAUUUUUAUAUGGAUGUUUCUAAGCCUGAACAGGGUCUUAAAGUUUUGACACCACGUGUUGAGGGUAUUGACACAACUGUCAGCCAUCGGGGAGAUCAUUUCUUUAUUACAAGGAGAAGUGAUCAGUUUUUCAAUUCAGAGGUUGUAUCUUGUGCUGUCAAUGACACUUCCUCAACUACAGUUCUUAUUCCCCAUAGGGAAAGUGUUAAAAUUCAGGAGAUACAACUUUUUAGUGAUCAUCUAGUAGCAUAUGAGAGAGAAAAUGGACUGCAAAAAAUAAUAGUUUAUCAGCUUCCGCCAGUUGGUGAACCACUGAGGAGUCUUGAAAGUGGCCAAGCAGUUAGUUUUGUUGAUCCUGUAUAUUCAGUGGAUUCUUCUGAUUCAGAGUUUUCAUCAAGUAUUUUACGGUUUUCGUAUAGCUCAUUGAGGACUCCUUCCUCUGUAUAUGAUUAUGAUAUGAAGACAGGCAUUUCUGUUUUGAAGAAGAUUAACUCAGUUCUGGGAGGUUUUGAUUCAACACGUUAUGUCACUGAAAGGCAGUGGGCACCUGCUUCGGAUGGAACUUUGAUUCCCAUGUCAAUUGUUUACCGUAAAGAUGUUGUGAAACUUGAUGGAUCAGAUCCAUUACUACUUUAUGGAUAUGGAUCGUAUGAGGUAUGCAUAGAUCCCAGUUUCAAAUCAUCAAGGCUUUCAUUGUUAGAUCGGGGUUUUGUAUAUGCCAUAGCUCAUAUACGUGGAGGUGGGGAAAUGGGGAGGCAGUGGUAUGAGAAUGGGAAGCUGUUGAAGAAAAAAAACACUUUUACUGAUUUUAUUGCAUGUGCUGAAUAUUUGAUUGAAAAAAAGUUAUGCUCUAAGGACAGACUCUGUAUUGAAGGAAGAAGUGCUGGUGGUUUGCUAAUCGGUGCAGUUCUUAAUAUGAGACCAGAUUUAUUCAAGGCUGCUGUUGCUGGAGUACCUUUUGUGGAUGUCGUGACAACAAUGCUUGAUCCAACCAUUCCUCUCACUACAGCAGAAUGGGAGGAAUGGGGUGAUCCUAGAAAGGAGGAAUUCUACUUUUACAUGAAAUCAUAUUCCCCCGUUGAUAACGUGAAGGCACAGAACUAUCCACACAUUCUUGUUACAGCUGGAUUAAAUGACCCACGGGUUUUGUAUUCUGAACCUGCGAAAUUUGUGGCAAAACUGAGGGAUAUGAAGACUGAUGAUAGCAUACUGUUGUUUAAAUGCGAGCUUGGUGCUGGACAUUUCUCCAAGUCGGGAAGAUUUGAGAAGCUUCAGGAAGAUGCCUUCACUUAUGCAUUCAUCAUGAAGACUCUGAACAUCAUUUAG